GGCAUGAGAGGAAAUACUUCUUCAAAAAUCGAAUGAAUUUGGAUUAUUGCCUCCAGAUAAGACCACUCACGCGCGUUUUUGCUAUUUCCGCAUCGAAAUAAAAUCAUGUCUGCCCCUGGCUCCGCGGUGUCUGGGACCACGGCGGCGGUUCUGCAGCCGCGGUGGAAGCGGGUCCUCGGAUGGUCCGGUCCCGUUCCCCGGCCCAGGCAUGGGCACCGAGCUGUUGCUAUAAAAGAGCUCAUGGUUGUCUUUGGCGGUGGAAACGAAGGCAUUGUGGAUGAAUUGCAUGUGUACAACACUGCAACAAACCAGUGGUUUAUCCCAGCGGUCCGUGGUGAUAUUCCCCCUGGUUGUGCUGCAUAUGGUUUUGUCUGUGAUGGCACCAGAUUGCUGGUGUUUGGGGGAAUGGUGGAGUAUGGAAAGUACAGCAAUGAUCUCUAUGAGCUACAGGCCAGCAGAUGGGAAUGGAAAAAGUUGAAAGCAAAAAAUCCGAAGAACGGUCCCCCUCCUUGCCCUCGUCUUGGUCACAGUUUCUCGCUGGUUGGCAACAAGUGCUACCUGUUUGGUGGACUAGCCAAUGACAGCGAAGACCCAAAAAACAACAUUCCCAGAUACCUGAAUGAUCUGUACACACUUGAGCUUCGCGCGGGCUCCAGUGUGGUUGGCUGGGAUAUCCCAAUCACAUAUGGCGUUCUGCCGCCCCCUCGUGAGAGCCACACUGCUGUUGUAUACACAGAAAAGACGAGCAGGAAAUCCCGCCUGAUAAUAUACGGAGGAAUGAGUGGCUGUCGCCUUGGAGAUCUGUGGACACUUGAUAUUGAUACCCUGACAUGGAACAAACCAUCAGUAAACGGGACGGCACCGCUCCCCAGAAGUCUUCACUCUGCCACCACCAUCACAAACAAAAUGUAUGUUUUUGGAGGUUGGGUUCCGUUGGUCAUGGACGACGUCAAAGUGGCCACACACGAGAAGGAGUGGAAGUGCACCAACACUCUUGCCUGCCUAAAUCUAGACGGCAUGUGUUGGGAGACGGUGUUGAUGGAUACGCUUGAAGACAACAUCCCGAGGGCUCGUGCUGGCCACUGUGCUGUGGCCAUCAAUUCUAGGCUGUAUGUAUGGAGCGGCCGGGACGGUUAUCGUAAAGCUUGGAACAACCAAGUCUGUUGUAAAGACCUCUGGUACCUGGAAACGGAGCGGCCACACUCCCCUGCCAGGGUCCAGUUAGUCCGUGCCAACACAAACUCUCUUGAGGUGAGCUGGGGUGCCGUCUCAACUGCCGACACCUACUUACUGCAGCUGCAGAAAUAUGACAUCCCUGCGACUCCAGCUGCAGCCUCGCCAGUCAUGAGUGCCAGCCCUGUGCAGCCUCCAAAGAGUCCUGCACCGGCUGCUGUAGCCCUCUCUGCUCAGAGCCUAACUCAGACAGCUGUCUUGAAGGUUGCAGCUCAACAGUCUGCCACGGGCACGUCUAUUGUCACAGUCCGCCCCAGCCAGCCUGGCAAAUCCCCUGUCACUGUGACAACCCUCCCACCAGGUGUUCGUAUGGUAGUGCCUACCCAGACCGUCCAAGGAUCGCCAAUUGGGAGUAGCCCUCAGAUGAGUGGCAUGGCAGCUUUGGCUGCAGCAGCUGCAGCAACACAGAAGAUCCCGCCCUCUUCUGCAGGCACUAUCCUCAAUGUUCCUGCAGGUGCCACCAUUCUCAAAACGGUAGCCAUUUCCCCGGGCACGACCACAAUGAAAUUGGCUUCUCCGCUCAUGGUCAGCAACCCGGCCACCCGGAUGCUGAAAACUGCAGCAGCCCAGGUGGGCAUAGCGACUCAGUCCUCUCCCACCACCACCAGACCAAUCAUCACUGUGCACAAGUCUGGUGCAGUCACGGUGGCCCAGCAGGCCCAGGUGGUAACCACUGUGGUGGGAGGAGUCACCAAGACCAUCACCCUGGUCAAGAGUCCACUCACCAUGGGGAGCGGCGGCACUCUGAUCUCCAACCUUGGCAAGAUGAUGUCUGUGGUACAAACCAAGCCAUUGCAGACAGCCCUCACAGGCCAGGGUUCCCAUAACCCUCUCGCGCAGCUCAUACAGUCAAAGGGUCCCCUCCCAGCCGGCACCAUCCUGAAGCUGGUGACCUCCGCCGAUGGCAAGCCCACGACCAUCAUCACCACCUCCCAGGCUGGAGGCGCAGGAAAUAAGCCCACUAUCCUCAACAUCAGCAGCGUGUCUCCGACCACCACUAAGCAGGGCACCACCAUUAUCAAGACGAUCCCCAUGUCCGCCAUCAUGGGCCAGGCAGGAGCUGCAGGCCUAAACUCACGUGUGACAAGCAGUGGCAUGAAAACGCCAAUCACAAUCCUCACCACCAAGAUGAUGACCUCUGGAACUCCUGGUAAAAUUAUCACUGCCAUGCCCAAACUGGUCACUGCAGCCGGCCAACAGGGGAUCACACAGGUGGUUUUGAAGGGUGCUCACGGGCAACCUGGAACGAUUUUGCGCACCGUGCCUAUGAGCACAGUCGGUGGCGUUCGACUUGUCCAACCAAUGACCGUAUCUGCUGUUAAGGCCACUGUCACCACCACGGUUGUCAAGAGGACUACGGGUGUCGCCACUCUCGGGACGGUCACUGGCACGGUCUCCUCGAGCCUCGCCGGAGCCGCGGUGGACAGUUCCAACGCCUCUCUCGUCACCCCCAUCACCACCCUGGGAACCAUCGCUACCCUGUCCAGCCAGGUCAUCAGCCCAGCUGCCAUCACCGUUUCAGUUGCUCAGACCAACCUGACUGCUGCCACCACAUUGCCCUCCUCCACCAUGACGGUGCAAAACCAGCCCACCCAGGUGACUCUGAUCACAACUCCCAGUGGUGUAGAAGCUCAACCAGUGCAGGAUCUACCGGUGUCCAUCCUGGCUUCACCGACCUCCGAGCAGCCCAGCUCCACUGAUGCCGGAGCAGCCGGAGAAAGCUCUGGGACCGUCACCCUGGUCUGCUCCAACCCGCCGUGCGAGACCCACGAGACGGGAACCACCAACACAGCCACCACCUCCUCCGCCGCGAUGGGAGCAGGACAGGUCUGUUCCAACCCGCCGUGCGAGACCCACGAAACGGUCACCACCAACACGGCCACCACCUCCUCCGCCGCGAUGGGAGCAGGACAGGUCUGCUCCAACCCGCCGUGCGAGACCCACGAAACGGGCACCACCAACACGGCCACGACCGCGUCGUCAAACAUGUCUGCGCCGCGCGUGUGCUCUAACCCGCCGUGCGAGACCCACGAAACCGGGACGACUAACACGCCCACCACGGCGUCGGCCAACAUGGGCGGAAACCAGCAGCUGUGCUCCAACCCGCCGUGCGAGACCCACGAGACGGGAACCACCAACACGGCCACCACCUCCUCCGCCGCGAUGGGAGCAGGACAGGUCUGUUCUAACCCGCCGUGCGAGACCCACGUGACGGCCACCACCAACACGGCCACCCAGUCGUCCUCCGCCGCCAUGAACGCAGGCCAGACGAGCACCACGCAGAGGGCGUCCUCCAACUCGCGCUGUGAAACACACGAGACGGGGACCACCAACACCCCGUCCACAGCCACCUCCAGCAUGGGCAGCGACCAGACCAACACGGCAACGGGCCAAGUCCAGAGGGUGUGCUCCAACCCGCCCUGUGAAACGCACGAAACUGGGACCACCAACACGGCCACCACUGCCACCUGCAGCAUGGAGACCGGCGAAGGCGCCCAGCAGACAGAGGAGGGGGCAGAAGUUACCACCAGCCCAGAAGAGGCCGCCACCACCACAACCGCUGCUGCUGCAGUAGUAGCAGCACCAGCAGCACCAGCAGCAGCAGCAGCACCAGCAGCAGCAGCAGCACCAGCAGCAGCAGCAGCACCAGCAGCAGCACCAGCAGCACCAGCAGCACCAGCAGCACCAGCACCAGCAGCAGCACCAGCAGCAGCAGCAGCACCAGCAGCUGGCAUGGUUACCACGGUUCAGGGCAGGGCCAUCACAACCGUCACUCAGUCCACACCGGCCCCCGGACCCUCUGUACCUUCGAUCUCGUCAAUCACAGAGGCCGCCGCCACCGCCGCCGCCACCGCCGGCUCCACGGAGGAGCCCAUGCAGACUGAGGAAACGGCAUCAGCGGAAGCUGCAGAGGAAGCAGUUACCGCUAUGGAAACGCAAGCAGAGGGAGGAGCCGCAGCCGCAGCCGCAGCUACAGCCUUGAAUCUACCCUCGGAGCUGAUGUCUGAGGGUCAGGGUGCCACGCUCAUGGUGACGGGGCUGUCGGAGGAGGAGCUAGCUGUGACCGCGGCAGCCGAGGCCGCCGCUCAGGCAGCCGAGGCCGCCGCUCAGGCAGCGGCCAUCGAAGAAGCCCAAGCCCUCGCUAUCCAGGCCGUCCUCCAGGCGGCCCAGCAAGCAGUAUUGAAUGAGAGCACUGGAGAGAGCCAGCAGCCCACCAGCAUCCCCAUCAUGUUGACCCAGCAGGAGCUCGCUGCGCUGGUCCAUCAGCAGCAGCAGCUGCAGCUGCAGGAGGCUCAGGCUGCCGCGCAGCAGGCCUCCGUGGACACCAGCGUGCCCACCGAGGGCCUCGCCCCCGCCGACAGCCUCAACGACCCCUCCGUGGAGAGCAACGGGCACAAUGAGAUGGCCGCGGCCGUCACCAGUGCCGUGGCGUCACUGCUGCCACGUCCCACAGCUGAGACACUUGCUCCAUCGAGCACAUUCGCACCCUCUGUAUCGGUGGCGACUCCAGCCAAGCCGCAGGCAGCAGCCGCUCUAGCGGACGUCGCCAACGGGAUCGAGGGAGAGAAGCAAGCCCCUCAGCCGACCCCAGUGAAGCCUGUUGCGAAAAAAGAGAACCAGUGGUUUGAUGUUGGAAUAGUUAAAGUGACCAACAUGGUGGUCACCCACUUCUACAUGCCGGGAGACAAUUCUCAAGGAGAUGAUGACACUGGCGCCAUGCCGGACUACGGACAGAUGAAGAAAAUGGAGCUGCAGCCCGGCACGGCUUACAAGUUCCGCGUGGCUGGGAUCAACGCUUGCGGUCGCGGCGCUUACUCUGAGAUAUCUGCUUUCAAGACUUGCCUACCUGGCUUCCCCGGGGCACCUUGUGCCAUCAAAAUCAGCAAGAGCCCAGACGGCGCCCACUUGACCUGGGAGCCGCCCUCGGUGACGUCGGGCAAGAUCAUCGAGUACUCCGUGUACCUGGCCAUCCAGAGCAACCAGACGGCCGAGGCCAAGGCCUCCACCCCGGCCCAGCUGGCCUUCAUGCGCGUGUACUGUGGGCCCAACCCCUCUUGCCUGGUGCAGUCGUCCAGCCUCUCCAACGCCCACAUCGACUACACCACCAAGCCGGCCAUCAUCUUCCGCAUUGCUGCCCGCAAUGAGAAGGGCUACGGCCCCGCCACCCAAGUCCGGUGGCUGCAAGAAUCUGGCAAAGAUGCCGCCUCUGCAAAACCGGCCGCCAAAAGACCCGGCACCUCCCCCGAUACUAAGGUUGCUGGUCCAAAGAAGGCGAGGACGGACCAGUGAGGUUGCCCAGAGCCCCCCGACCCCUCCCCCCUGUCUUUUGUCCUUUUUCCACUCGCUGUCCUUUUUAUCAGGAAGACUGACCUUCACUCCGCCUCCUCAUCAUCCUCAUCCUAAUCUCAUCCUCCACCCUUCAAGUCUCAGAUCAAGACGGAAAUGGAGGCAGAACAAGCGUAUGAAGCCGAGAUGAAAGUCAAUCUGAGAGAUGUUUCUGUAGAUAAAAACCCUCCUUCCUCCUCGUUCUGUUGGUUGUACUAUUUCUAGAGGAACACAAACUUAGAAGCACAUUAUCUUUUUCAGUCACAUCCCCCUCCCAUCGUUUAACAUCUAUUUUUGGCUUGUUUCGGUAGUUUUAAGCAGCGUAGAGAAGAAGAUCGUUCACAAACUGGGAGCCGGCCUGAGCUCAUUGUUACCUUUUCGUUUUUGUCUUUUUGUUUUGUGAAUCCUGGGGGGAUGUAGAGAGAGACUACACGAAAUGAUGUACAGUGUUGGAAGAAGAAGAAAAAAGCUGUGGAGGCAUUAGUUUAGAUAAGAGGAAAAAAAUCGGUAUGGAUACAAAUAAAGCACUUGUCCUCAACGACAGAGGACAUCAUUCUUUUUCCCUUUUCUUUUUUUUUGGGUCAAAAACUAAUUUUGCUUCAUCGAGAACCAAGUCUGUAUUCAUCGUGCUGGACUCCGGUCUCCUGUAAAUGUCAUCACUGCGCUUUUUACCCCCAAGAGGAGGACUGGUGGCCGACACUUCAAAGUGGACAGAAAAAAAGAAGAAAAAAAUGUCAGAUUUGUAGAGAAUGAAUGACGGACUUUGCUAGGACUGAGACUUGCAACACACACACACACACUCGCAUUCAAAAAAAACUUCAAAAUCUUCCCAAAAAAUUAGCAAGCAAUGAUGCAGAAGAUCUUUUGUGUAGUUUAUUUUUGUAUUUUUUAAGCUUUUUUUUCUUCUUCUCCUUCUGUGUGUCUGUAUGUCGUGUGCAUUUUAAACAAAAAAACCCAUCACUUUUUUUAACAGUUGUUCAUCCCCAUAGUUUGUGUUCGUGGGAAGAUCGGCGGCUGUGUUGCGGUCGCCACUCUAUUUUUAAAGAAAAGAUGACUCUUCGUUCAGUUGGUUGUAUGUUCGUGUUCACGGAUGGUGACGAAAAAGAGAGACUUUUUGCAUUUGUUCCAUCGUAGAACCCACGGAGGUUAUAGGACUGAAGGGAACUUUGAAGUGGACCCAGGGAGAGUUUUUACUUUGUUUACUUCUCAAUGCUUGUGUUGCUUUUGUUUGCCAAACAUGGAAUUUCACGGGGUACGAUGGAAGAAAAAACAAACGUCAGAUCUUUUUUUUUCGUACCUCGCCCCGCCCCCCUCCUGCCCAAAUAUCCAGAUCAGUUGUCCCAUGCUUUUUUUUUUUUUUUAUGCUCACCUCUUUAAUUCUUUUUGUGGAAAAUGGCAAAUUAUAUUAGUCGACAAAUUUUUCCCCCUAUCCUAUUUGAUGUAUGUGAAUCCAUUUAAUAAAUUUUAAUUUGUUGUC